AUGUGGCUCCUGGCGCUGUGUCUGGUGGGGCUGGCAGGGGCUCAACGGGGGGGAGGGGGUCCUGGCGGCUCCCCGGGUGGCCCGGGCCUGGGCCUCAGCAGCCUCGGGGAGGAGCGCUUCCCAGUGGUGAACACGGCCUAUGGGCGAGUGCGUGGCGUGCGCCGUGAGCUCAACAACGAGAUCCUGGGCCCCGUCGUGCAGUUUUUGGGCGUACCCUACGCCACGCCACCCCUGGGCGCCCGCCGCUUCCAGCCGCCCGAGGCCCCCGCCUCGUGGCCCGGCGUGCGCAACGCCACCACCCUGCCGCCCGCCUGCCCGCAGAACCUGCACGGGGCGCUGCCCGCAAUCAUGCUGCCUGUGUGGUUCACCGACAACUUGGAGGCGGCCGCCACCUACGUGCAGAACCAGAGCGAGGACUGCCUGUAUCUGAACCUCUACGUGCCCACCGAGGACGGUCCGCUCACAAAAAAACGUGACGAGGCGACGCUCAAUCCGCCGGACACAGAUAUCCGGGACUCUGGGAAGAAGCCCGUGAUGCUGUUUCUGCACGGCGGCUCCUACAUGGAGGGCACCGGCAACAUGUUCGACGGCUCCGUCCUGGCCGCCUACGGCAACGUCAUUGUAGCCACGCUCAACUACCGACUUGGGGUGCUCGGUUUUCUCAGCACCGGGGACCAGGCUGCAAAAGGGAACUACGGCCUCCUGGACCAGAUCCAGGCCCUGCGCUGGCUCAGCGAAAACGUUGCCCACUUUGGGGGUGACCCCGAGCGCAUCACCAUCUUUGGAUCUGGAGCAGGGGCCUCCUGUGUCAACCUUCUGAUCCUCUCUCACCAUUCGGAAGGGUUGUUCCAGAAGGCCAUCGCCCAGAGCGGCACCGCCAUCUCCAGCUGGUCGGUCAACUACCAGCCGCUCAAGUACACGCGGCUGCUGGCGGCCAAGGUGGGCUGCGACCGCGAGGACAGCGCCGAGGCCGUGGAGUGUCUGCGCCGGAAGCCUUCCCGGGAGCUGGUGGACCAGGAUGUGCAGCCCGCCCGCUACCACAUCGCCUUCGGGCCCGUGGUGGACGGUGACGUCGUCCCCGAUGACCCUGAGAUCCUCAUGCAGCAGGGAGAAUUCCUCAACUAUGACAUGCUCAUUGGUGUCAACCAAGGAGAAGGCCUCAAGUUCGUAGAGGACUCGGCGGAGAGCGAGGACGGGGUCUCCGCCAGCGCGUUUGACUUCACCGUCUCCAACUUCGUGGACAACCUGUAUGGCUAUCCGGAGGGCAAGGAUGUGCUUCGAGAGACCAUCAAGUUCAUGUACACGGACUGGGCCGACCGGGACAACGGCGAGAUGCGCCGAAAGACGCUGCUUGCGCUCUUUACAGACCACCAGUGGGUGGCGCCGGCCGUGGCCACCGCCAAGCUGCACGCUGACUACCAGUCCCCGGUGUACUUUUACACCUUCUACCACCACUGCCAGGCGGAGGGCCGGCCCGAGUGGGCGGACGCAGCGCACGGGGACGAACUACCCUACGUCUUCGGCGUGCCCAUGGUGGGCGCCACCGACCUCUUCCCGUGCAACUUCUCCAAGAAUGACGUCAUGCUCAGCGCCGUGGUCAUGACCUACUGGACCAACUUCGCCAAGACCGGCGACCCCAACCAGCCGGUGCCGCAGGACACCAAGUUCAUCCACACCAAGCCCAACCGCUUCGAGGAGGUCGUGUGGAGCAAGUUCAACAGCAAGGAGAAGCAGUACCUGCACAUCGGCCUGAAGCCGCGCGUGCGCGACAACUACCGCGCCAACAAGGUGGCCUUCUGGCUGGAGCUCGUGCCGCACCUGCACAACCUGCACACGGAGCUCUUCACCACCACCACGCGCCUGCCGCCCUACGCCACGCGCUGGCCGCCGCGCCCCCCGCCCGGCGCCCCGGGCACCCGCCGGCCCCCGCCGCCCGCCACGCUGCCGCCCGAGCCCGAGCCCGAGCCGGGGCCCCGGGCCUACGACCGCUUCCCCGGGGACUCCCGAGACUACUCCACGGAGCUCAGCGUCACGGUGGCCGUGGGCGCCUCGCUCCUCUUCCUCAACAUCCUCGCCUUCGCCGCGCUCUACUACAAGCGGGACCGGCGGCAGGAGCUGCGGUGCCGGCGGCUCAGCCCCCCGGGCGGCUCGGGCUCCGGCGUGCCGGGAGGGGGCGCCCUGCUGCCCGCCGCCGGCCGCGAGCUGCCGCCCGAGGAGGAGCUCGUGUCGCUGCAGCUGAAGCGGGCGGGCGGCGUCGGGGCGGACCCCGCCGAGGCCCUGCGCCCCGCCUGCCCGCCCGACUACACCCUGGCCCUGCGCCGGGCGCCGGACGACGUGCCUCUGCUGGCCCCCGGGGCGCUGACCCUGCUGCCCAGCGGCCUGGGGCCCCCGCCGCCGCCGCCGCCCCCCUCCCUCCACCCCUUCGGGCCCUUCCCCCCGCCGCCCCCCACCGCUACCAGCCACAACAACACGCUACCGCACCCCCACUCCACCACUCGGGUAUAG